AUGGCGAAAAAAAUCACUGACUUUUUUACGGUUAGUGAAUCUGAUUCAGUUAAUGUUAAUGUGUAUAUUUUUUGCCUUUGCUUAUUUAUUAAUCGAACCUUAUCUGACAUCGAAAAGCAUGUAGUGUUGACAAACUUAUGGUCACCACCAUUGAGUUAUUCAUUUCCAUUGUUAAAACAACAUGUCAAAAUUAAAAUUAAAUUUCAGUAUCGAUGGUUAGAAAAAUAUUGUUGGCUUUGUUAUUCUGAAAAAUUAGAAGGGGAUUUCUGCAAGUAUUGCAUAGUGUUUGCUAGAACAGGUGGCAUUGGUAGUCAGACCUUAGCCAGUCUUGUAUUGAAUGGCUUUCAAAAUUGGAAGAAUGCUUUAGAAGUAUUUGAAAAGCAUAAUGAACAUGAGUAUCAUAAAGUAGCUAUAUUAAAGGGUGAAAACUUUUUAAAAUUGUUUUCAAAAAGCCAACCAAAUAUUAUUGAGAUUUUGGAUGAUGAAAGAUUAAAACAAAAGAAACAAAAUAGAGCCAAUAUUAUUCCAAUCAUAAAAUGUGUCAUUCUUUGUGGAAGACAGGAACUUGCCCUACGUGGCCAUACAGAUUUUGGUCCAAUUUGUUUUAAAAGUGAAUCUGAACCAUACAUCAACGAGGUUAAUUUCCGUGCCAUUUUAAAAUACAAGGCUGAAGAUAUGGAGCAUUUAAACAAUUUUUUAGAAUCUGAUGGUCGUUAUAAAUACAAAAGUUCAAAGAUUCAAAAUGAAAUAAUUUCUUCCUGUGGUGAUUUAAUACUUAAAAAAAUUGUCAAGGAAGUUGAUAUGGCUGGCUGCUUCUCAGUAUUAGCAGAUGAGACAACAGACAUUUCAGUGAAAGAACAAUUGUCAAUUUGUGUCCGAUAUGUUGCCGGUUCUGGAACAGAUGUGUACUUAUGUGAACGUUUUUUGAUGUACAUUGAAAUUGACAGCUUAACUGGAAAAGAUCUUGCAUUUUCUAUUGUUAAUGGUUUAAAUUCUUUUGGAGUAAACUGUUCUAAUAUGCAUGGUCAAGGUUAUGACGGGGCUUCAAAUAUGGCAGGUCGCUUUAAAGGAACCCAAACCAUUGUGAAAGAAACUUACCCCAAGGCAUUAUAUGUCCACUGUGCGGCACAUUCAUUAAAUUUGGCUGUGUCUGCAGCUUGUGAGAUUCAAGCAAUAAGGAAUUAUUUGGGAGUGAUAGAAAAAAUGUACUGCUUUUUUAACACACCAAAACGUAAAAAUGUUCUGGUGCAUGUCAUUGAUGAAAGUGACAUGGAUACAAAGUCAAAAUCUUUGAAACAUUUAUGUGCCACAAGAUGGGUCGAAAGAUAUACAGCCAUUAACGAUUUUAUAGAGUUAUUUCCUUUUGUAGUUGUUGCACUAGAUAAAAUAUAUGGAUGGAAUGACACAACGGCUACCGAUGCCAGAAUAUUGUUGAAUGCUAUGGACUCAGAAUUCUUGAUUUCUCUUCAAGUUGUUAAAGUAAUCAUAAUUAUUAUAUGA